UUAGCACGUUGCAACAAGAACACUACCUAUGGGAUUUAGGGAGACUGCCGAGGCUGCAGCAGGUGCGUAUCAACCGUUGGGAUACCCAUAACAUCCAAGGCAACUGGCAGAGCAUGGAAUGGAUUUUCUUAACGGCAGCAGUGCUGGGCUCAGGUCGGAGAUGCAGGGUAAACUUGCCGAGGAAGGUUCCGGAUUCUAUUCUGUUUCUUCGUUGAACUUCUCUUUCAUGCUUAAUGAAACGAAUCAGUCCUUUGAUUUCGUGGGGGAUGGAUCCGCCGUCCUGAGAAUAAUCAUCUCUGUGAUUUACUCUGUGGUCUGUGCUUUGGGGUUGAUAGGAAACAUCCUUGUCUUAUAUCUAAUGAAGUCUAAACAAGUAUGGAAAAAAUCGUCAAUUAACCUUUUCGUGACGAGUUUAGCAGUGACCGAUUUCCAGUUUGUAUUAACUCUUCCCUUUUGGGCAAUAGAGAACGCUUUGGACUUCACUUGGCUUUUUGGAAAAGCCAUGUGCAAGAUAGUGUCUUACGUGACGGCGAUGAAUAUGUACGCAAGUGUGUUUUUCCUGACUGCUAUGAGUGUGGCACGAUACUGGUCCGUUGCUUCUGCGCUCAAUAGCAGGCGGCGCCGUCCUCGCUGCUGCUCCGCAGGCUUUAUGAGCAUUGUCAUAUGGGUUGCUGCUAUAUUCGCAGCUUUGCCCCAUGCGGUGUUUUCCACAACGGCGACUGUCUCCAACGAGGAACUGUGUCUUGUUAAAUUUCCAGACACUGUCGACGCACAAUUUUGGCUUGGACUUUACCAUAGCCAAAAAGUACUGAUCGGGUUUCUAAUCCCGCUGGGGAUCAUCUCCGUCUGCUACCUACUCCUUCUGCGCUUCAUCACAUCCAAGAACGUGAACACCUCCACCGCAAAAAGACGCUCCAAAGUGACUAAAUCAGUGACUAUAGUGGUUCUGUCAUUUUUCCUCUGUUGGUUGCCCAACCAGGCACUAACGGCUUGGGGGAUUCUUAUAAAACACAACGUUGUGCAUUUUAGUUGGGCAUAUUACACCACGCAGGCAUAUGUAUUCCCAGUGUCUGUCUGUUUGGCGCACUCCAACAGCUGUCUAAACCCCAUAUUGUAUUGUCUAAUGAGAAGAGAGUUCAGAAAGUCUUUGAAAAAACUUUUUUGGCAAAUAACGUCUCCAUCGGUGACCAACAUGAGACCGUUUACGGCAGUGACCAAGCCGGAACAGGACGAGCACGGCCAUGGGAUGGUUCCGUUAGCUCUCUGUCCGGCAGAGCCAGCCUUGGUUUUCUAUCCACCUGGUGUUGUUAUUUACAAUGGGAGAAACGAUAUGCUCCCGAACAGUACGUAGCCUGUCCUAAUACAUUUGUCAAGCUGUCUAUGAUGCCGAUUUAAAAGUCGAUUUAAAAUGAAUUAUUAUU